AUGCUUAGUGUGGGAGAGAAAGCGACGCAAGGCAAUGGAGACUCGGUUCAAGACGAAGGGAAGAUCACAAAUGGAGGGGCUGCUGUUAAUACUGUAAACGAAGAUGAUGACACUCUGCGGAACCUCGAGAGGCUUCGGAAGCAGUAUGGCGCAACAUGGGAUGGCCCGGAAGACCCGAAGAAUCCAUAUAACUGGUCUUCAGCCAAGAAAGUCACGAUUGGAGUUGUCAUGGGCCUAGGCUCACUCGUGACGCUGCUGACAGCGAGUGUGACGGCGGCCGCGCUGGGCGAUAUCUCGCGGGACCUCGGCCUCGACCCCGCGACGGCGCAGAUCAGCUUCUCCAUAUACUUUCUCGGACUGGCCUUUGGCCCCUUGCCCAUCGCUGCCAUCAGCGAGACGAACGGGCGCCGAAAUAUCUGGAUUGCGUCAAGUCUGUGGUUCAUAUUAUGGAACUCUCUCUGCCCAGUCGGUUACUCCAAGAGUCUCAUGAUUGCAGGUCGAUUCUUGGCUGCUCUCGGCGCCAGCGUUGGAAAUGCCAUUCAAGCCCCAGUCAUGACGGACAUGUUCCACGAGAAAGAUCGCGGCAAGUCUCUUGCCAUUGCCGGCCUUCUCCCUUACCUAGGACCUGCCCUAGGGCCAAUUCUAGGAGGUCUUGUGAGCCAGCUGCUCGAGUGGCCCUGGCUUUUCUACAUCGUCAGCAUAGCUGAGACAGUAGUAUUGAUAGUUGGCAUCCUCGUCCUGCGAGAAACUUACACUCCUGUCUUGCUGCGCAGGAAAGCCGCCGCAUUAAAUCGAAAUAUGGAGGUGGAUUCCACGCCGACGACGACGACGACAACACCGUCGACAAGAACACAGCGGCAGAUUGACUGGAAUGACUUCUUCUCGCGCCUGCGUGUUAACAUGCUCCGGCCGUUUCAACUCCUCUUUUACCGCCCCGUGAUGCACAUAGUCACGUUGAACAUGGGACUUGCGUUCGGCAUAUACACAUUGGUGCUGUCCACAUUCGCGCAACUGUGGACUGACCGGUACGGGCAAUCGAAGCUGUUGAGUAGUUUGCACUACAUAGCCAUCUCAAUUGGGCUUUCUAUAUCGGCGCAAGUCGGUGGCCGAGUGAUGGACUGGGGUUAUCACCAAUUGCGUGUGCGAGACGGCGCCAGGAGUCGGGACCAUACACCCGCUGGUGAUUCUAUUAGCGAGAAGUUGCCCCCGGGAAAGCCUGAGUACCGCGUUCCGUACAUGCUUCCCGGUCUCUUUCUUCUUCCCGCCGGUCUAUUCUGGUACGGAUGGAGCGCACAGCGUCAUUAUCAUUGGGUAGUGGUCGACCUCGGCGUAGUGGUAUUUACCACCGGAGAUUUCAUAUAUACCCAGGCUUUAACAGCCUAUAUUCUCGACGAAUUCACAAUAUUCGGCGCCUCAGCCAACGCCGCGGUCCGCGUCUUAUCGCAGGUCCUCGGUUUCGUCUUCCCCAUCUUUGCCCCAAAACUUUACGGCGCUCUAGACUACGGGUGGGGCAACAGUCUUCUUGCCUUUAUCUUCAUCGUUCUCGCCUUCCCGGUUCCAGCAUGUCUGUGGUUAUGGGGCGAGAAACUGAGGGCACUUGGUAGACAGCGGACUGAAAGUAAAUAA